AUGGGAAACAACAACGCAACCGCAAGUUUAACAGAAGAAGAGAGCUCAAAGGUUGAAACCAAUGGAAAGUCUCUAUUGGAUUCUGUUUCCGUAGAGACCACGCAAGAUCAGCUGUUUCUUGCCAGUGAAGAAAAAGAUGGAGAUAAAGAGAAAGAGAGCUUGUCUGAUGCUGUUACAGGUAAAGAGACUCCUGAAACAGAACCACAGAGCAAGGAGUUAGUUGAAGCUUCGGAAGCGAAAAAUGUCGAAGAAGAGAAGCAUCAGAGUGACUUGGAGAGCUUGGUAACGGAAACCUAUGAGCAGUUUCAGAAACAGACAUCAAUUGGAGAAGGUGUUGAAACUGUGUGUGAAGUCAUUCAAGUGGAAGAGUUGUCUAUGAUUGGAACUCAAAGUGUUGUGAGCAAAUUGAAUACGACAGAGACUGGUAAUGAAGAGAAGCCCUGUGUGAUUGAUGAGAUUGUCUUGAUAUCUCCAAGCUUCUAUGAAACUGAAAUAAAGAUGGUCAAUGAGUCUCUGGAAGAAAUUUCCUCUCCAGAGGAAGUUGUAAAGCUUGAUCAAGAGACUGGUAUGGAACAGAGAACAGGGUUUCCUGAGAUCGAGCCACGGGAGGUUCUGAAUUUGGAAAUUCGUGUUGUUGAUGAUGAUGAUGAAGUUACAAAUGAAGGAAAAGCCAAUCUGGCGAUCUCUAAACCUAGUUCUCACGAGUUAAACGCGAUUCAAGAGACCGGUCUUGAAGUUUAUAAGGAAGAGAAGGACACGGAAUUAGGAAGAGAAGCGAGCCUGAAACGCAUGUCUCGAUGCAGAUCGCUCCCAGUGAGUCAAAAUAGUAGAGUUAUAGGAGAUUCUCUGGUUCAACAGUUGGUCUCAGAGGUUGUGUUUCCUUCAAGAAACAAGAUUGGUAUAGAGAAAGCCAACACGUCAGAGACUCUACUUCUUUCUUGCGUAGGAAGUAAUAAAGAAGCCAGACUUGAGAUGCGAUCUCCUACCUUUGGAAAUGACAUAAGACACGAAGAAAGAAGCGAUGAAUCGAUGGAGGAAACUCCGUUACUCUCUCAGGACAAGACUAAGACAUGUGAGGCUCAGGCAACAAUUGUUGUGGAAGAGAAGACUGUGAUGUUGAAUAGAAGUGAGACGGAGAAAACAAGAGGCAUUGAAUUGUCUCUAGGGUUAUCUAUGAAACCUAGUAGGCAAUCUGAAGCAGAUGACAGCUUCAACGAAACGAAGGGCUCAGUGGAUAACUUGCUGGACAAGAAAGUUAAUCCGUCUGAGACUCUGCUUCUUUCUUGCGUAGAAAGCAACAAAGCGCAAGUAACCACUGAAGCGAUAACUGAAAGAAACAAAGAAGCCAUACUAGAGAUGCGAUCUCCUAGCUUUGGUAAUGACCUAAAAAUCGAAGAAAGAAGCAAUGAAUCAACAGAGAAAACCCUGUUACUUUGUCAAGAAAAGACAGAAACAUACGAGGCAACAAUCAAUGUGGAAAAGAAAACUGUGAUGCUGAAGAGAAGUGAGUCAGAGAAAACAAGAGGCUUUGAGUUGUCUCGAGGGUUAUCAAUGAAACUCGGUGAGAGAUCUGAAGCAGAUAAUAGGUUCAAAGGAAGCAAGAGCUCAGGAGAAAACUUAUUGGAAAAGAAAGCUUUGUUGGGUUCUAUGAAAGGUAGAGUCAGAAAACGGAGCAAAUCUUUGCUCUUUGGAACAUGCCUUUGCUGCAAUACCGCCAUGAAUUGA